AGGUACCAGCAUCAGUUCACCAGAACCAACCCAAUCUACCAGAAGAUGAAAACAAGCUAGUUUUCCAAAAUAUAAACCCUCAUCCCUCGGGAGAACAGCCUUUCUACCCAAGUGCCUUCAAGUGCCAUUUUGCUUUAACUGUUUUACCUUUCUUCGCGCUUUCCAAAAGCCAAACCUUCCAAGUAUCUAAAUCUAAAGAAGGAGAGAGAGAGAGAGAGAGAGAGAGAGCCUCGAGUCCCAGUGCUAUCCAACGUUAGUCAUCGUUUUUAAGUAUUUUUUCGCUCGUGUUUGUGUCGUGUGAGUACCAGCCGGCUUACUACCAGCAAAAUGCCUCAGCUCAUCGAACAGUACACACCGCUCCCGACCACCCUGGGAUGCAGUCCGAAGUUGAAGACGCUACCGAAGAACCUGUACAACCAUCUGCGCGGAUUCCCGGUCGUCAAUGGGGAGGUGACGCAGCUGUCGGACAAGGUGCGACGCUUCGUCGAGGAGUCGGCCGCCAUGUGCCAACCGGACCGGAUCCACAUCGUGGACGGUAGCGAGAGCGAGUGCCGGACGCUGCUGCAGACGCUGCACAGCCAGGGUACGAUCAAGCCGCUGCCCAAGUACGACAACUGCUGGCUCGCACGCACCAAUCCGGCCGAUGUGGCACGCGUCGAAUCGAAGACGUUCAUCUGUACCGAACGGCCGGAACAGGCGAUCCCGACACCGAAGGAAGGUGUCACCGGGUCGCUGGGCAACUGGAUUUCGAACACGGACUAUGACCGUGCGAUCAUGAGCCGAUUCCCGGGGUGCAUGAAGGGCCGCACCAUGUUUGUGGUGCCGUUCUCGAUGGGCCCGAUCGCGUCGCCGCUGUCGAAGAUCGGCAUUGAGAUCACGGACUCGGCGUACGUCGUGAGCUCGAUGCGCAUCAUGACCCGGAUGGGUUCGGAGGUGCUGGACAAGCUGGCUGACAAUUCGGAUUUUAUCCGCUGUCUGCACUCGGUCGGUACACCGGCGAAUGGAAAGAUUGCUGUUCCGUCGUGGCCGUGCGAUCCCGAGCGUACCAUCAUCCUGCACAAACCGGCCAACAACGAGAUCGUCUCGUAUGGUUCCGGUUACGGCGGGAACUCGCUGCUGGGCAAGAAGUGUUUCGCGUUGCGCAUUGGCAGUACGAUCGCCCAGCGUGAGGGAUGGUUGGCGGAGCAUAUGCUCAUCCUCGGCAUCACCGAUCCGAACGGUGUGAAGAAGUACAUUGCGGCCGCCUUCCCGUCGGCUUGCGGCAAAACGAAUCUCGCCAUGAUGAACCCAACGUUGCCCGGGUACAAGAUCGAGUGUGUUGGUGAUGAUAUCGCCUGGAUGAAGUUCGAUUCCAAGGGCCAGCUGAGGGCGAUCAAUCCGGAGAAUGGAUUCUUCGGUGUAGCACCCGGUACCUCGACCGAGACGAACCCGAACGCCAUGGAGACGAUCUACAAGAACACGAUCUUCACGAACGUUGCCUCGACCUCGGACGGUGGCGUGUACUGGGAGGGCAUGGAGAAGGAGGUACCGGCCGAUGUGGAGAUCACGGAUUGGUUGGGCAACCCGUGGGUGCUCGGUGAAUCGAAGACCCCGGCCGCUCAUCCCAACUCGCGGUUCUGCGCACCGGCUGGCCAGUGCCCGAUCAUCGAUCCGGCCUGGGAAGACUCGGAAGGUGUUCCGAUUUCGGCGAUUCUGUUCGGUGGCCGCCGGCCCCAGGGUGUGCCGCUGGUGUAUGAAGCGAACUCGUGGGCGCACGGUGUGUUCGUGGGAUCGGCCAUGCGCAGCGAAAGUACGGCCGCGGCCGAACACAAGGGCAAGGUCAUCAUGAACGAUCCGUUCGCGAUGCGUCCGUUCUUUGGCUACAACUUUGGCGACUAUCUGAAGCACUGGCUGAGUAUGGAGCAGCGUGCGGAGGCGGCCGGUGGCCACGCACCGAAGAUCUUCCACGUUAACUGGUUCCGGAAGGAUGCGAAUGGCAAGUUCCUGUGGCCCGGAUUCGGUGAGAACUGCCGGGUGCUCGAGUGGAUCCUGCACCGUAUUGAUGAUGCCCACUGCUACCGGGAUACACCGAUCGGUCGGGUGCCGACCGAGGGUGCCCUCAAUCUGGACGGAAUCGAUGGACCGGUGAACGAACGGGAGCUGUUCUCCAUUCCGAAGGACUUUUGGCUGCGGGAGGUCGACGAGGUGAAGCAGUACUAUGACAACCAGUUGCCGCACGAUCUGCCCAAGGAGAUCGCCAAUGAGCUGGAGCAGCUCAAGGGCCGCCUCGAGAAGAUGUAAGCAGCAGCAAAAACACCCACAAAACCAAGACAAACACUACUAGCACUGUAAGCGCGCUGUAAUCCGGGGCGCGAUGAGAUUAGAUCGCCAAGAGGGGAAGGAUCGACUCGGUUUAUUGACCGAGUGGGGAUCGCGAACAGCGGAAGGCAACGGCGUCAGGGUCAGAUCAGGGACUCCCGGAGGCAGCUAGGAUGUUGUUCUAGUGUAGAUAAGCGAGUUUUUUGUAUUAAGCGUUGUGAGCGAUCGCUAUGUUUUAGACUCUAGGUUUAGGUUUACUUCCUACAGUAAGUAUUGUGAUAGAGAGCUCGGAGAGGUCGACAAAAAAAUGCUAAACGGGACCUAAAUGAAAACGGAGCCGGUGUUUUACGAAAACACCAUCCGCCAAAUAACUGCUAAUACUGGAGCACCCUUAUGUUGUAAGUGGAGACAAAGUGUACGAAUGCAAUAAAAAAAAAAAUAUCUGAAAGCUAACAACUAAUGGUAACUGUUUUUGCG